AUGUGGUCCUCGAGCCAGUCUUCGGGCGAGGCAGAUAGGAUUCUGAUGCCGCCUCCCCCGCUCCCCUCUCGGCGCGCAAAACAGACCCCAUACCCCAAGAUCCAGACACCACCCUCUCGGGGGCUGACGGCUUCCCCCUACUUUGCGAGUUCAGCUUCACAAGAUCAUCCUUCCACAUAUUCCCCUCAGGAGCCUCUCAGCAAGUCCAAUAGCCCUUCUCGCGGCCAGUCAUCAGGCAUAUCCGAAUCUCAGCCUAUGAUUCACAGAUCUGACGCUCGGCCUCCUACACGUGGAACUUAUCUCAGUAAUCGUCCAGGCACUGCAACAACAUCCACUUCUCAGCGGCCGGGCACGUAUGCGCGUAGCAUCUCCAGGGCACCCACAGCAUUCGCCGGAUGUGAGGGACGACAGAUCAUAUGCGCCGUCAGUGAAGGGAGAGGCGUACCCCCCGUUGUUGGCCUCGCCAUAAUCGACAUUGACAUCGGAAGCGCAGUCAUGAGCCAGAUUUGCGACACACAAUGCUACGUUCACACAAUACAUAAAAUAAGAGUCCACGAGCCCAAGGAGAUUCUGAUUGUGUCGAGUGCUGGGCCCCCCAACCGCAAGUCGGUUCUCUACAGCAUCAUCGAGGAAGAGCUAUCCGACGUCCCAAUCACAACACUUGACAGGAAGUAUUGGUCAGAGAUAACCGGUCUUGCCUACAUUGAGAGUUUGGCUUUUCAUGAAGACGUUAACGCCCUCCAGGUUUCAGUGAACGGGAACUUCUAUGCUAUAUGCGCACUAUCAGCUGCGCUCAGACAUCUCGAGCUGCAAGCUUCUGUCAGGAUUGCACCCCACAGCCUUGCCAUGAGCUACGAGCCACCGGAUGAUUCAAUGAUGAUCGAUGUUGCCUCAAUCCAUGCCCUCGAACUUCUGCAAAACUCACAGAACAUCAAGUCAAAACAAUGUUUGUUCGGGCUUCUCAACAACACUUUGACCCCUAUGGGCGCACGCUACCUUAGGAGCUGUAUCCUCCAACCAUCAACAAAGAAAGAGAUCAUUGCACCUCGCCAUGAAGCUGUGGAAGAGCUUUCGAGCAAAGAGGACAUGUUCUUCGAGGUGCGGAAGGGCAAGUCUUCUCCACCUCUAUUCCGAACUCCCAACUUUGUUCUGACACUGCCUUGUGUAGCCCUCAAAGCGCUCCCUGAUAUUGACAGAGUUGUAUCCAAGGCGUACAAGGAGCAGACGGAUAACCUAUAUGAAAUCUCCGACGCAAGUUGCGAAGUGCUUAUUCAAAGUGAAAAGGUUGUCGAGAGUCUCGUCAAAGAACUCCGUACGCAGAUACCCCAUCUCACUCGACUUUGUCAAGCCAUAGGCUACCUUGAUAUGCUGGCGAGCUUCGCCUACUUGUGCGUCGCCAACUUUGUUCCAAACCACUAUUAUGUCUCGGAUCAAUAUUCGUUUCAAAUCAUAACGGGAUGCAACAUGAGCGGGAAAAGCACAUACAUCAAGACUUUGGCUGUGCUGCAGGUGAUGGCCCAGAUCGGUAGCUUUGUCCCCGCCGAGUAUGCAUCCUUGCCCAUUGUCCACAAGAUCUUCACGAGGAUUUCCAAAGAUGACAAUAUCGAGAGUAACCUGUCAACCUUUUCUCUGGAAAUGAGGGAAAUGGCAUUCAUUCUUCGAAACAUCGACAGCAGGAGUCUUGCCAUUAUCGAUGAACUUGGCCGAGGGACCAGCACGCGUGACGGACUGGCCAUUGCCAUUGCUAUAUCAGAGGCACUGAUUGAGAGCGGCGCUCAGGUGCUUUUUGCAACUCAUUUCCAUGAACUAGCCACCGUCCUCAACGACCGUCCUCAUGUCGUAAAUCAGCACCUCCAAGCCGAGACUAGUGUCGUGGGAGACGGCCCCGAUGCGAAACCCAAGAUCACGAUGAUCCAUAAAAUAGCUAAAGGCCCACUGAAGGACGACAGUUACGGCAUAGAUUUGGCUCGUGUGAUUGGGUUUCCGCCUUCCUUCAUAGAAAAUGCGCAAAACUUGGCAGAGAGACUGCGAAGGAACGCCGCGGCUAAGAAGCAGUCCUCGGAUCAACACAGGCUCAUGCGCCGCCGAGCCCUGGUUACGAACCUGCGUGAACUGCUGAUACAAGCUAGAGACUCCCACAUGGACGAUUCAGCUCUAUUGACACUGUUGAAGCGACUUCAGGUGGACUUUGUCAAUCGCAUGGCGGAAAUUGAUGACAAAGACACCAAUGGGGAUGAACAGCACACAAGCGAGCAUUACAGCACUGUGGGCAGUACACCUCGACAAUUCAUAAGUUCAAGGGAGUCGUCGCACAGGCCGGCCACCAGCCCAGAUGCUGAAGCAGAUCAUGAAAACCAAGCUGAUACCGCAGCCGACAACAAUCAUAAACCUCACUGGCUCAAUGAGAGCACAGGUAGCAACUCACGGCCGGGAUGCAGUGACUUGGAAGACUCUCGCUUUCGGCCUCACGUCGAAUCUAGCCCCGCGGCAAAAUUUCAUAGAAGAAAGCAGUCGCGCAAGAGGCGUGCAAACAGUCCAGAAAACGGCCGCGACCGUAAAGUGCAGAUCAAGUUGGAAAAGAUGGCAGACAUCCAGAAGACUACAAGUGAGGCAGACACGCGAUCCAAGGAUGAGCACAACAAUUCUGGGCAAACCCCCAUUGAAAUUUCUGAUGGUUCUUCGUCCGACUAG